AUGCCUAGAGUCCCAUCGCUGUCACCGACGAAUUCGCGUCGCAUGUCGAAUUCAGUUCCCACCGGACCGUCGCAACACGUCUUUGUAGUUAGUAAAUACCUCGCUGGACCUUCUCAUGGUCCAGAUUCGGGCUCGGGUAAUAAUGGGGAUGUCCAUGCUAGUGUGGCCAGUAUGGUGGAAGCUUUGAAUAAGAAACAACCACCUAGCUGUGAUGCCUGUAGAACCAGGAAAUUGAAAUGCGCAGGGAGACCAGCUGUAAUUGAACUCGGAGCAGAAGCAACCGCUACAGUACCAUGUGAACAUUGUCGAGAAUGGAAUCUUGAUUGCUCAUAUCUAUAUCAGCGGAAGAGGCGGGGUCGCAAGAAUCGUGUGGUGGAAAGAUUGGCAGAAGAACAAAGAGCCAGAAGAAAAUCGCAAGGAGGAGGCGAUGUCCUCUCUGGUCAGAUUCGACCAAACACAGGAGGGUCAAGCAGCUCCGAGGAAGAAGGGUCAAUUCAUAGAGAGAACUCUAACAACGGUGCUACGCGAGAAAGCUUGAUUGACAAUAAUCGAAGAGAGAGCUUCAAUGCAGGAGGUUUUCCUACUUUGGAAAAUGGCUAUGGCAAUAACGGUCAUCGUUCGAAUGCACAAUAUUCGCGCGAACAGCCUCCUCAUCCGCCCCCACAAUUGCCUUCACGGCCAGCGCAACAACAACAACAACAACAACAACAACGUUCAGAACCGAAUCCAGAACCUUCACCUUUCAUACCCAUUCCUCAGCUAUAUCAUCAUAACUCCCAAGCUAUAAUACCGAACAAUCCAACUCAUCAUUCACCCCGUCCAUAUUACCCUUCUCCACCUGAUUACUCUCAUCACACACAUACGCAACCCCCUCCUGCAAUCCCACCGCGAAGCUUCUCAUAUCAUGAACCGAAUCACAACCAUGCUAUUCCUCCGCAUCAAAUACAUCAAGCUCCUACUUCCAUUCCUUCGGUGCCAUCUGUCGCUUCUCAAGAUUUCGCAAAUUCCGCUCAUGCACCAAUGUCAGCUAUCAAUUCUACUUCGCCAAAUAACGAAGUUUCGCCAUCAGUGGCACUAAGCGAAGCUUCAAUACCGCCUUCGAUAUCUAUAGAAGCAGUCUUACCUCGAGAAAUGGCUAUGAACACGAUACGACUCUGGUUUGACCACGUUCAUUGCAUCAUACCAAUGAUACAUCGUCCAUCGUUCAUGGCUGAUUUAUCCACGCAUGAAGAAGAGAAAAGACCGAUGUUCUUUGCUUUGAUAAUGGCUAUGAUCGCUACGACGCUAAUACAUGUUCCGAAAUCGUACUUCGGCAUGUCAGCAGAAAGUACGAGACGUCUAUCGGAUAAAUGCUUGAAAGCGUGUUACGCCGUGACUAGAAGGGAGAUGGAUAAUCCUAAUUUGGAUCUAAUCUGCAUCAAGUACAUGGCUUUCAUCAUUCACAAUAAACACGGCAAUGUCGGUUUAGAAGCCGCCGCUUUUGGGGAGACUCAGUAUCUAGCUAUAAGUCUCGGUUUGCAUCGAGAGGACACGUAUUACAAUCUGGAUCCUAUAGAAUCUGAGAGACGGCGACGAGCAUGGUUCUUGAUAUAUAACGCGGACAAGUUUGAGGCUGUAGCAAGAGCGAAGCCUGUACUUCUUCGUCCGGAUGAGUUCUUGGGUCCAGAAGCUACCAAUUUCCCCACGGAAUUGGAUGACAAAUCAAUCACCAAACAUGGAUAUUUACCGAAUUCUAUUCCAGUACCGCUAAUAACAGGAUUCAAUAUAUUGACCAGGAUCGUAACAAUUCUCGGAGAUAUCCUGGUGCAUGAAAGGGAUAUAAGAAGGAGACCACCCAAAGACCCGGAGGAAUUGUUAACGGCUCUAAGGCAGGUUAGACAGCUUCAACAACGAAUAAAAGUCAUAGCGGACAAACUACCUAGACCUUUCCAACUCGAGGUGGGCUCAGGCGAUGUUUUGCCGGCUCCAGGAUGGGAAGACGCUAUUCGAGAUGAACUUGACUUGUUUUUCUCCGAUCCGAUGUCAUCAGAAACAGCAAAGGAUGGAUACCUAGUUCUCAAGGCUAAUAUACAUGUCACAUUGGCUAUGACUAGGCUCAGAUUGAUUCUCCAUCGGGAAGAUCUCUUGAAUAGGAGUGGUCAAGCUGGAACCCCGAGCCGAAAUGCGGCAGAACUAGUCGCGGCAGAUUUGGGUGAAAAUGUAGAUUGGAGACAUGCAGUAUAUCAAGAUCUUUUCAAAGCAGUUCAUGGGAUACCAAUACAAGCACUCGCUGCAAAUGGGCCAUCCCUUGUCACCAAGAUACGGGUAGUAGCCGUAACUUUACUAGACGCAUUACCGGCUCAAGAUCAGAUUGAUCCCAAUGUUCAGGGUAUAGCGGCCUAUCUUUUGGAUUUCUUAAAUAUAAUGAGUAGUAUUGAGAGUCAGUUUGCCGACUAA